AUGGCAGCCAAACAAGAGAGAAUGCUGAGCUUUGGCGUUGAGAUGGAGUUUUACAUCUUCUUUUGCGUACGAGGCAAGAACUUGACGUCCCGGCCUCCAGGCUUCGAGUCACACCCUGGUGGCCCACUAAUUGUCGAGAAGUUUGACGAGACGUAUGAUCUAUUUAACCCGUUACUCGAGAGGCUCAGAAGCGUGUUAGAAAAAGCACCUAAAGCAUCAGUUUUAUCAGUGGAUGACAGAAGGCCUAACAUCGAGUCUGAUCAAGAAUGGAAUCACUUAAAUCCCUUUCGUGAGUGGGAUAUGCAUAACGAUCCUUCACUACACAGAUUGCCUGACGAGUUGGUAGAAAUAACUACUGAGCAAUCUGGAUGGGUUGGAGUUGAGCUUAUUUCACCGGCGCUAUGGACUACCAACGAGGGCUUCGACCAAGUCCGCCGGGUUUGCGUGAAGAUAGGUCACCUCGAUGAGAACGAGUCAGAGAUUGAUGAUCUUGAUAAUACAGUGAUAAUCUCCGGGACUAGAAAAGCAGGAAGGGGGCGCUUCAGUUCCGUACUCGGAUUCUUCCGAACGAAAAAUGAAGAAGUUCGAGUAGAGGAUAAUUUUCCAGCUCGGCCCACUACGCAAAGCUACACUAUUGACCCCCAAACCCUAAAUAGAAGCCUCAAUCGGGUUCGACUUGCCUUCGGAAUAGAGCAAACCCAGGAGAACUUCUCACCUACCCCGCUGUUAGAGGCGGUUGCAGAAAUUCUGCGGACGACGAACCGUGAAAACAUUGCAGAAUUGCUGAGAACUCCCAUCCGCUCAGCUUAUAAUUUCCAACAGCUAGCAUGGGAGGUCAAAAGGACGAUCGAAUUUCGCCAGGCAGCCAGCACAAUAGAUCCAGCUGAAGUCGUCAGUCGGGCCAGAAUAGCGGUACGUCUCUGCGAAUUCGCAGCGAAUGCUACUCAUCAACAGCUCCAUAAGAUGUUUUUCGACUUUUCUGUAGCAGAAGUAGACCCUCGAUGGCUUGAUGUCUAUGAUCUAUUCGUUCAGCUCGAUCUUCGCCCUGAAGCGAGGGUUGUACAGGCCGCUUUAACGGGAACAAUAAGUGAGUCUGUUCGAGAUGCUUACUUCACGAGCCGUAAGUAG